AUGCGUGAACAAGUUUUUGACGUCACAGGAAGUGGUCAUACUUUAACAAUAUAUAAGAGUGAGAUCGUGCGCCAAUACUUCAGUUUACGCCAACAGAACUGUACAAUGGAGUGCUUACAUGGAAAACCUGCUGCUAAUUCCACAACAAGCAAUGGAUCAUUUUGGUUUUGCGGUCAAAAUCCCAGUUGCAAUUUCUUCUGUACAGAAGACGAAGGCUACAUGUAUGAAAAAGCCAUAACAGCUUGGAGAUGUACGGAGCAGCCUCAUCCUCGGUGCGAUGGACAUCAUAAACUUGCGAAAAUGUGUGUGGUGAAAAAUUUGAUGAAUGUGAAUUAUGGAAGACCAUUCUUCGUGUGUGGAGAAAAGGCGAAGCCGUGUUCCUUUUGGAUGUGGGGUGAUGUACAACCGUUAGCGAAACCCGAGUGCCGUCAUGGAUUACCGUGUGCGAUUCGAAAGGUGAAGAAAGAAGGACUCAACAAAGAUCGAUUGUUCUUCUGUUGUCGGAAUGAUAAGGAGAGUACGUGUCGGUUUUUCGAGUGGGCACCUGACGGAGAAUUGGGAUUUUUCCAAACUGUAAACUUUAGUAACAAACCUUUAGAGAAGCAAAGUUGUAAUAAAAACAAUUACUUAGCAACUAAAUUCAUGCAUGAUUUUGCAAACCAGUUACAGUUGUAG